GCGCGCGUCGUACGUACGACCGAUCGGCCUCAACCAAACGCGAAAACAAAAACACACAUACACAAACUUACAUGUCAACAAAGUGUGCGCGUGUGGUGUGAAGUUUCUAAUGAAAAAUGAGUGAGGAAAACGCAAUGGGAGACGAUCUGAAAAGACAAGCGGCGAUGUUCUAUAACACUACAGAAAGAGAGCGAUCACAAGAGCACCAAGCGACAUGGUGCUUCUGGCGGCGCCGGCGGCUCAUCGUCGCUCUUCUGGCGUUCUUCGGUUUUUUCAACGUCUACGCGUUACGCGUAAACCUAUCCGUGGCCGUGGUGGCCAUGACGGAACCAGUGGAAACCAAGUUGGAGAAUGGGACAGUUGUGUUUAUACCAGAAUUCGACUGGAGCUCACAAACCAAGGGUCUGGUGCUAUCGUCGUUCUUCUACGGGUACCUGAUCACUCAGCUCCCAGGCGGGUGGCUGGCAGCUAAAAUAGGAGGUAACAGAAUGUUCGCCAUCGGGAUAGGAGCGACGUCGCUACUAACGCUGUUCACUCCACCACUGGCACAUACCAGCACCUCACUGCUUAUCGCUGUGAGGGUAGUUGAGGGACUUUUUGAAGGUGUAACCUACCCCUGCAUCCACGCCGUAUGGUCGCGUUGGGCUCCGAGCGAAGAGCGAGCUCGUCUAGCCACAUUCGCUUUCAGCGGUAGCUACGCUGGCACCGUAGUGUCUAUGCCGCUAUGUUCCCUACUGGCACACUAUACCGGCUGGCCGGGCAUAUUCUACGUGUUCGGUAUAAUGGGACUGGUGUGGACAACAGUUUGGUGGCUGGUGGUGAAAGAGUCUCCUGAAAAGGACCCCAGGAUAUCUCCAGCGGAGUUAAAAUAUAUACAGGACUCGAGAGGAACUCAGGCUAUAGAAGGGUCCAAGAUCAAGCACCCGUGGAGGGCCAUGCUGACUUCAGGGCCAGUUUGGGCCAUCGUCAUGGCCCAUUUUAGCGAAAACUGGGGUUUCUACACUCUACUCACAUUCCUGCCUACAUUUAUGCAAGACGUAUUCAAGUUCGAAACGUCCGCAACAGGCUGGCUGUCGGCCGUGCCGUACCUCGCCAUGGCUAUAGUCCUACAGGUGGCUGGACAUUUAGCGGACUGGGUGCUAGCCAAGGGUCUCAUGUCGCGCACUAACGUCAGGAAGCUGUUCAACUGUGGCGCUUUCCUUGCACAGACAAUUUUCACGGUGGCAGCGUCAUACGCGUCUUCAGUGGUAGGAUGCGUGGUCUACCUCACCAUCGCUGUUGGUCUGGGCGGCUUCGCUUGGUCAGGCUUCAGUGUGAACCACUUGGACAUCGCGCCACCGCACGCUAGUGUACUGAUGGGGCUGUCCAAUACCGUAGCCACGCUGCCCGGCAUCAUCAGCCCACCGCUUGCCGGAUCCAUUGUCACGGACAAGACGGCAGAGCAAUGGCGAGUCGUGUUCUUCAUAUCCAGCGCCAUCUAUCUUCUCGGCGCGGUAGUUUACGGAGUUCUCUGUUCCGCCGAGCGGCAGCCCUGGGUGCUGGAGUGCGAGGAGCCGAACUUCGACACAGAUGGCGCCUCCGUCACUACUGCUAAAGGAUAUGACAACAAGGCCAUGGACCAUAGUGAAAUGUAACUUGAUAGACUGGAGAAAUUUGAAAAAAGAAGGAUAAACAGCAAUGAAAAGUAGAAAAGCUAUGAUCGAUGUAUUUAUAUCGUCAUGUUUGUUAAUCAUGUCUGUAAAAAUGGAGAUAGAUGGCGCUACACCUUUGGUUGACGCUCGGCUAGAUGGCGAUAAUAUUAAUACUUAACACAUCUCAAGUUAUUAUGGGCCAAAUUGUAAAAUUUGUGAUUCAAUGGUUUUAAGCCUGUGACGAGAGACGGCAAUCUAUGCCAGAGGACUAAAUAUGGAAAGAGUUGUAACUCCAUACAUCAC